GAGCGCAUUAUAUAGAAACCCUUCAAGUUCAAAGGGUAAAAGUUAAAGUUUCUUACUAACCUACAAGGGGUCAAAGGCUAAGGUAAUUUGUUUUUCACGUGACACAUUUCUAGGUCAAAGUUCAUCAAAAGCAAGAACAAUAAGUUUGUGGAGUUAUGGCCCAGGAGAUCAAGGUUGAGACGGCCCCCUUCGAUGCACGCUUUCCUAACGUCAACCAGACCAGGCAUUGCUGGCAACACUAUGUGGACUUUCACAAGUGUGAGAAAGUAAAGGGCGAGGGAGCUGAUGUGUGUCAGUACUUCCAGAAAGUCUACCGCUCAAUGUGUCCCGUCGCCUGGACAUCAGACUGGGACGAGCAGAGAGAGGCUGGAAGCUUCCCCGGCAAAGUCUAAGACUGGAAUAGUUUAGCACAACCAACUCUUGUUAUAUCCACUGUGUAUUCUAGCUAGUGGUGCUCUAUAGUCAACCAAUGUUCGAAACCAAUAAUUAUCAUUAAUAAAUGAUUUCAAA